AUGACUGCCUCACUCCUCACCCUAGAUGUCAAGGGCGCAUUUGAUGCCGUGCUUCCUGGCAGACUGAUCCGCAGAUUACGAAACCCAAGGAACAGAUUUGGUUAUGCGGACGACGCAGCUAAUCUGGCAAUCUCGACAUCUCUUGCUACUAACUGCGAAGCCUUAUCAGACUCCCUCCAAGAAGCUCUCAACUGGGGUGCUGCAGAGGGCAUUACUUUCGCACCAGAUAAAUAUGAGCUACUUUACUUCUCCCGACAUAAAGCAGACCAGGAACCAACCUGCACACCUUUAGUGAAAGCUGGAUCUAUCACAAUAUCAGAAAACACUAAACGGCUAUAUCUACGUUGGCUAGGAAUCCUCUUUGACAAAAAGCUAACGUUUAAAUGGCACGUUGGAGAAACAGCAUCUAAAGCCCUCACUGUGGCUAAUGCCCUCCGCUCUCUAGGGAAUACUGUCCGAGGAGUCAAACCUCAUUUACUACAGCAGGCUGUAUCAGCCUGUGUACUCCAUAAAGCAUACUAUGGCGCUGAAACCUGGUGGCCAGGACGUACUCGCCCUGGGCCUUCCCAGACUUCAAACCGAGUUGGAGAACAUCUUGAGAAACUCACUAAAAUUGAAUGGCCCUUCUUGCAACUGUCCGCCUACGGCGUCUUGAUCCCUAUCACCCACUUCGAAGACGCGCAGAACAGAUCGCUAGUAAUGGCCGACAAACCAGCCGUUUUGCCCGCCAUAAAUCCUCUCCAAUACGCUCCCUGGCACCCUCGCGAGUCUCGCGAGAAUGCCCAAGCUCGAAUAGGAGCUCCCAUGGGACGCACUAAGGAACAGGCAGCGGCUGAUUUCGCAGACUUCCAACGCACCAUCCCCAGCUCGGAUAUUGUAAUCUUUUCAGAUGGAUCUAGGCUAGUAGACGGAUGUGCAGGGGGUGGCUAUAUUGGACUUCAAGCACACCAUCAGUUCCUCCGCUCCUCACUCUCAUAUGGACACGGGAAAGAGAUCUUCGAUGCAGAAGCAGAAGCAGCUCUAGCUGGUGCUCAAGCAGCAAUAGCGUACCCAACAGCUCAAUUUGCUACCAACCUAUGGAUCUGCCUUGACAACCUGGAAGUUGCCACACGCCUUCUAUCUCCCUCUACAGGAUCUUCCCAAGAAAUCUUUGAAUCCUUCCGCACCCUUGCAGCCGCCUGGCCACUCCGCAAAAGGCUUCCUCACACCAAAGGUGGAUCCAUUCAAAUCCGAUGGGUCCCUGGACACGCCAAAAUCCCUGAGAACGAAGCGGCUGAUCUCGCCGCCAAAGAGGAAGCUGCCUCUAUCCCUCCUGCUCCACACAAGUCCUCAUACGCCUCGCUAAAGAGAUACUCCAAGACUCAAUCCCUAUCCGCUGCUCAGUCACAAUGGCAGAAGGUGGCACCACAGAGUUAUCAAGAUCUAGAAAUAACUACUUCCCCCAAGCGCCCUGGGGAGCUUCAACUCAACCGACUUGACCUCAGCCGUAUCAUUGCGGCCCGUACUGGUCAUGGAGACUUUGCAGACUACCAUGAACGUUUUAACCAUGAUGAUGCUCACCUUCUCUGCCGAUGCGGAGCACGAAAAGCACCUCUGCACUUCUUCUUCUGCCAUAUAGCUAAGAGACGAGCCCCCCGGCCUCCUGGGCCCCCUUCUGAGGUCAUCUCUUUUCUCUUAGGCACUGCUAAAGGAGCACAAAAGCUAGCCACAUGGCUAGCAGAGACCCACUUCUUUGAGGAUAUCUGUCCUCGCCAACCUCUCCUUAGCACCUAG